GGCACCCGUCGAUGCACCAGCUGUGGAGCGACGGCCCCGGCGGCCUCGCACUUCAUGCGGGCUGGCCAGACUUCGGUGGCGCGCCCUUCCGGCGGUGCGCGGACGGCACGCUGCGAGACCGCCGCGGGGAGCGCGUCGCCCUGCACGCAGGCGCUGGGCUCGCGCUGGCCGAGCUGGCAGACUGCCCCAGCUGGCGCAGCCGUGGCGUGGUGGUCGGCGUGGCGUCCUGCAGCAGCGAGCCGCAGUGGGCGCGCGCCUGCCUGCGGGCCUUCCGCCUAGGUGAUGGUCGAGCCUUGUCGGAUCUCGUGGACGUUGUGGUGAUCAUGAAGGGCUCGAAGACAGCCCACCUGCGCUCCAUCGCGGCGCACGCUGGCUGCACGCUGCAGGAGGUGCUCUUCGUCGACAACGAGCCAGGCGGCGCGGGCGGCGGCGGUGUCGAGGCUGGUUGGGUGCCCAAGCCUCAGGCCGCAUAUUGUCGACUGCUGCUCGCACUCAGCGCGGGCACGCUGAGGCUCGUGGAGCACCCGGCGGUCGACUCCUGGCACAUCACUGAGGCCUUCGUAGCCCCGCGGGCGGUCGGCGUGCCAGGGGCUUUCUCUUCCCUGAUGGCACACCGCCUGGGGUUCAGCGGCUACUACAUCGUGGGCUUCAAUUUCGAGGAUCCUGAGGGUGCUGGGUAUCACGUCGUCGUCUUUACGGAACACAACAACCAAUGGUUACCAAUUGCAGCAGUUCAACAGUUAUGGAGGGAUCUAGGAUAUGAUUUUAUACAAUACGCCUACGCCCACUACAACCUAUAG